AUGGCGCCGGUAAGUUUCACCGCCAUUCACCUCGGCAGUAGGUUGUGUAUCCCUACUGCCAAGGACGAUGACGAUCAGUCCCACGCCGCGCGAGGGGCCGAGGAGAUGUCGACGCCGGGCGGGGAGGACGACAAGAAGCCGGCGAGCGCGGGCGGCGACGGCGGCGGCGCCCACAUCAACCUCAAGGUCAAGGGCCAGGUCUCCCUAGUCGCGAUGGCCGUUUGUCCCUGGGUGUCCAAGGUAGUCACCGUUUUGUGCAACCAUUGUAUGCUGUUGUCAGAUGGCAAUGAGGUGUUCUUUCGCAUCAAGAGAUCUACCCAGCUGAAGAAGCUGAUGAAUGCCUACUGCGACCGCCAGUCUGUGGAUAUGAAAGCUAUUGCAUUCCUGUUUGACGGUCGCAGGCUCCGUGCCGAGCAGACCCCUGAUGAGCUUGAGAUGGAAGAUGGCGACGAGAUCGAUGCCAUGCUCCACCAGACCGGAGGCCGCCUCCCUCCACGCGCCUAG